UCAGUGAUUUUAGGAAAGCGCUGGAGGACGCGACGGCCCACCAACACGCCAAUAUCACUAUCGGAAUCCACUAGAUAUUUACCGACAGAACGGCUGUCAAGAAAACCGCUGAGUCGAGGAUCACGCAAAACCGCUCGGAUUUGGGCUGCACGCCGAACUCCCUCUAUCUCGGUCGGGCGCGCGCAUCUGCUGCUGUUCUGUAGCAUCGGGCUCGCGCUGGACAGUGCGACGGCUGGAUGUCACAUCCAAAUAUACAAACGAGACAAAGUAUCUCGCCUUCGAGCCCAGCGCGUAUCCAUAACAUUUAGCGGUCGGAGCAGAGCGUCAUUGCCUGGGUGGAGUUGCAGUGCACCGUUCAAUUAUGCAUGAAGAAGCGGUCACGGCUAGCGCGAUAGCAGCGCAAGCUAACAACUGUCCCGUAUUAUGACAGUGAUCUGCAUGCCUACCGCGUUUGCCAGUCAAGCGCGUUUGACUUUAAUGCUAGUGUCGGGCACGUUCUCCAGUGGAAAUUAACUUUUGUCAGUCAUUUCGUUGUCAUGGCAAACGGUUAGCCUGUACGGGCCUAGCUAGCCACUGUGUUAGCUAGCAGAAAUCACUUCACCGGAUUACAGACGGCAUGCAAACCGCAACGGUUUGUUUUCAGUGAGUAACACCGGGGUCCGACGGGCGUCUAAUUCAGCAUGCGGAGCGAGUAGAUGCUGACAAGCAGCUGCAAGUAAAUAGCCGGCUGCUAGGUGACUGCCAACUUGACAUAACAGGUUUUAAUAUCUGAAAAAGUGGCAGGCGUGCGCGUUUCACAAUGCAUUUUCUCAAGACGAGAUCGGGUUGUGUCACUGAAGCAAACACUUGGAUAAUAGAGGCACUGCCUCCAGCUAGCUAGCUCUUUGAGGAGUAACAUGCCAGAUCUUGAGUCGAUUUUAUGCUCUAAAUAAGCAGCCAGCGUUCGCACUCGUUAGCCUCGGCUCGGAGAGGGGAUGCCCUAAACACUUCAAGCAUGUCCAGCAAAUCUUCAAGCAAAGAGAAGAAGUCCGGCUUCAGCAAGAAGCUGUUCCGCCGGGGCUCGGUGCGCUCCGUGGGCAGUUUUAUGAGCAGGGUCCUCAAGACCCUCUCCACACUCUCUCACUUCGGCUCGGAGCUGCACGCGCCCGAUGGGGAAAAGGACGACGGUGGAUUCACAUCCUUCAAGAACGAAGGGAAGGGCUCCGUCGCGUCGGACGAGAGCGACUGCGGGGGCUUUCUGUCCAGGGACAAGAUCCCCGGCGUGGCCGGUUUAAAAAACCACGGCAAUACGUGUUUCAUGAACGCUAUUCUGCAGUGCCUGAGCAACACUGAGCUGUUCGCCGAGUAUUUGGCGCUGGAGCAGUACCGAGGAGAUCAGACGGACGACGAGAAGCCCAAGACCAACGGGGUCGUGGGCAGGAAGGGCGCUCAGGACCGAGGAGAGGUGACCGAGCAGCUGUCCGGGCUGGUCCGAGCCCUCUGGACGUUUGAGUACACACCGCAGCACAGUCGAGACUUCAAAAAUGCUGUUUCCAGGAGUGCCAUGCAGUAUCGUGGAAAUGCACAACACGAUGCCCAGGAGUUUCUUCUCUGGUUACUGGACCGUGUCCAUGAAGACCUUAACCAUCUCGUACACCCCAACAUCAGAGGCUCUGUAAAGCCACCAACAGAAGAAGACGAUGCAGCUCUAGAGGGACCUUCACCUCCUCUGUCAGCCGGCUCAUUUGUCCAGGAGCUGUUUCAAGCUCAGUACAGAUCCUCGCUAACCUGUCCACACUGUCAGAAACAGAGCAACACUUUUGAUCCUUUUCUGUGCAUCUCCCUCCCGAUUCCAUUACCUCACACACGGCCUCUGUAUGUGACCGUGGUUUAUCAAGGCAAGUACUCUCAUUGCAUGAGGAUCGGUGUGGCCGUGCCGCUCAACAGUACUGUGUCAAGACUGAGAGAGGCCGUGUCACGCGAGACCAAGAUCCCUCCAGACCAGUUUGUCCUGACUGAAAUGUAUUACGACGGUUUCCACCGCUCCUUUUGUGACGAUGACGACGAUCUUGAUAUCAUUCAAGAAAGUGACUCAAUCUUUGCUUUUGAAACCCCUGAGACUUUUAGAUUAGAAAACAUUCGCUCUAAAAGAGGGAGCCUCCUUGCGAAUCUGAAUCAGAAUAAUUUGAAAUACGGAGCAGAGAACAGCCGGACGCCGUCUUUCAUGCAGGGCGCAGUGAAUCCAGCAUCGCCCAACAAAAACACUGGAUCUGAGAAAAUGAUUCUGCUGAUCUGUAACAGAGCCUGCACUGGCCAUCAAGGACGGAGGUUCGGCCUUCCAUUUGUACUAUAUCUAGAGCGCAGUGUGACGUGGGACGUGUUGCAGAAAGAGAUCCUGGAGAAAAUGCGUCACCUGACAAGGCCAGGGGUUUACGUUCAGAUUGGACCCUUCAGUCUGCGAGUAGUCGGAGUGGUUGGAAUCACGUAUCUGCUGCCGCAAGAGGAGCAGCCACUGUGUCAUCCCACCGUGGAAAGAGCAUAUAAGUCCUGUGGGCCAGGAGGACCUCCUCAUGUAAAGAUUGUAGUGGAGUGGGACAAGGAGACAAAGGAAUAUUUGUUUGGACACACUGAGGAAGAGUACAUCCCUGAUGCUGAGAGUGUGUAUCUGCACAGAGAGCAGCACCAUCAGCCGCAGGCCUGCACCCUCGCUCAGUGCUUCCAGCUCUACACCAAAGAGGAGCAGUUGGCUCCAGAUGAUGCCUGGCGUUGCCCACAUUGCAGGCAGCUGCAACAGGGACGUAUCAAACUCAGCCUCUGGACCCUGCCGGAUGUUCUCAUACUGCACCUCAAGAGGUUUAGACAGGAAGGGGACAGGAGGGUGAAGAUGCAGAACAUGGUGAGAUUUCCUUUGCUUGGUAUGGAUAUGGCGCCACACGUGGUGAAAAGAAGCCAGAGCAGCUGGAGCUUGCCUUCCCACUGGUCACCUUGGAGAAGGCCUUACGGACUCGGCCGUAACCCAGAUGACUACCUUUAUGAUCUCUAUGCUGUGUGUAACCAUCAUGGCAACAUGCAUGGAGGACAUUACACAGCGUACUGUAAGAACUCCAUUGACGGCCAGUGGUACUGCUUCGAUGACAGUGAGGUUCAGCCUGUAGCAGAUGAAGACGUCUGUCAGCAGACCGCAUACAUUCUGUUCUAUCAAAGGAGGACAACUAUUCCCUCAUGGUCAGCAAACAGCUCUGUUGCAGGUUCCACCAGUUCAUCUUUAUGUGAACACUGGGUUAACCGGCUACCAGGCAGCAGGCCACCCAGUUUGGCCUCUGGAGCUUCCUCAAGACGUACAUCGCUGAUUUCUCUGGCAGAGUCAGUGGAGUUUCCCGGUGACCGCAGUGAAGACGAUGCUUUAGCGCUUACUAACACAGGAUCUCCCGCCUUGCUCAGAGGAUUUUCAACAAGGCCCUUCGUGAGGAGCAUUCAGCGGCAGAGCUUGUCCUCCAGAUCAUCUGUUACUAGCCCACUGGCUUUCAGUGAAAAUGGAAUGAAACCUUCCUGGUCUCUGUCCACUAAACUCCAAAUGAGAUCCAACUCACCCUCGCGAUUGUCUUUGGACUCUCGGUCCUCACCUCCUCUAGAGAGAAUAGGAGAAGCUUGUGAUGAUAAAGUGUCCACAUCUUGCUUUGGCGGCUACAGCAGACAUGAGCGUCAGCCCAGCAGUAAAGCCCCAUUGGCUAUGAUGGAGGGUAAUGGUAGUGAUGAUGGUAAUGGCAAACGGAUCCUAGACGAGGCGUAUUGCCGUGCUCCACUACAGGCUGACAAGAAGAGUUCAAAAGGUGAGCCGGUUGACAACAACAACCAGAUCAAUGCUGUGGACCAGAACUCCCUCGGACCACUCUCCAAAGAGCAGAAACAUAAGAGCUCAGAAAAGAAAACUGAAGGAUCUGGCAGCAAAAAGAGCUCCGCUAAGACCAAGGGGGACCAAGAAAAGCCCUCCAAAAAACGACAGAGCACCUCUUCUGUUACAAAAUCUCCAUCCUCCCAAGUGUCUUCCAGCCCUCAAGUGAAGGGCACCAAAACGACCAAUCUAAAAGAAAAGAGCAAUUCUCCCAAGAGUACCAAGGGUACACCUUCAGGAACUCCCUCCAGAAAGAAAGAGUCCUCGGAGUCUCCAGUGUCAGGAGGCACAAAGGGAAAACCGUCCCUUACUUCCACACCCCAGUCCUCUGCAUCUCCCUCACCUACAUCCAAGAAGAGUUCCUCGCUGGCUGAGAGGAACUCUGUGUCUGGCAAGAAGAAGCUGGUAGAGAGAGGCUCCAGCAAGGAUUUGACAAACACCAGUCCCCUUGCGGAGAAGUCCAGAGUCAGUGCCACCCCAGUGCGGACUUCCCAGCCUAGGACUGCUGAGGGAAGCCGUCCCGAAAGGAGGACUGUGAGAAGCUCCAGUAGUAGUUCCUCAGUCACCAGCCUGCGUUCCCCAAGUGUCUCCUCGAGAGACCUGUGCCGCAGCAGUAAAUCCGAGGAAAAGGGACUCUCGUUUUUUAGGAGCGCACUUCGGCAGAAAGAAACUCGACGGUCAGCCGAUUUGGGAAAGACCACCAUUCUCUCCAAGAAAGCUGCCGAGAGGACAGCAAAGUCCAGCAGCCAAAACAAACUCAAUGCCGAUGAGGGCGAAGGCUCUGGAAACUCCUCCCAGCAAGUCUCUCCGGAGCCUCGCUCCAACAAGUCUGCAAACAGUGAGAAAGAGUCCUCGAAGAACUCCACUCCUAUUAAACGCUCUCUCUUACCAGUAGGCAAGUCCAAGUCUUCCAAUUCUGAGACUAGUCUUCAGUCUCCCAUCAAUGGGAAGAGGCCUCUUGAAAAGGUGGCAUCCUCUAGAAAGCUUUCUUCCAGCAUGCAAUCCUCUGCACGGCCAACACAGACGCCUCAAUGAAAUUUUAAUAGCAGUUCCAUUAUUUUCUGUAAUGCAGCUAUUUUUUGAUGUGCCUAAAAAGAAUAUAAAGUAUAUAGUAUAUACCUGUAUUUUACUUUUCUCAAAGAAAAUAUGUAAAUUAAUCAGAAAGCGCCUUUCUAUCCUGCCAUGGAACCAAAUCAUUGCCUCUGGCAAGGUAUGGUAAAUGAAUCUACUACUGUUCACGACUCUGAUUAGGAAUGUUUUAACUUAGCACUUUGUACAUAUUUUGUUUCCUCCCUCAAACAAUGCUUAGAUGUAACAGAUAAUAUGUACAAUACUUUUUAACUUGGUACCAUUCCUUUUUUCUUUCUUCUUUUUUUUUUUUUUUGGACAAGUCGCUUAUGAUGAAAUUAGAUUCUUGUGAUAUUCCUUGGAGUACUGUACCAAUUCACUCCACUUCUACACUUGGUGCUAUUUACAGUCCAGUGUUCCCCUGGCACUGAUACAGUAUGAGAUCAAGAAGAGUUACACCAUGAAACCCGGCUGAAUUUGAAGACUUAAGGGGGUUCAGCACUAAACAAUCUCAUUGGUACCUCUCUCAAAGCCUGCUCUCUUACCCUAACUCUUUCUUUUUGUACUCGAGAGCAGUUGUUCAAGUGUUCAAGUAGCAUUACUGCCCUUUGAAAACUGUGCAACAGCGCCAACUACAGGCUGAUAGCUGAAUUGUUUCUGUAUGAAUGUGAUCCUUUGAAUGGAAAAUUAGUGGAGGACAAUCUUUAAACUCACCCCGUUUAGUUUAUACCUGCUAAACGCUGAAAUACGGAUAUUAAUGGAGGCAGUGUAAACCCUGCAUGAAUUAGUUCUGUAUAUAUUUGUUUUUAUAAUCAAAGCCACAUACAGUAAUUAUACUUGAACCAUUUCAUGCCCGCCAAACUCCAAUGCCAACACAUACGAGCGGUUUUCAUUUAGCUUGCUAUCUAUCACCUCGGGUUGAACCCUCCUUAUUUCCAUAUUUAUCUGUGGACAACCAGUGCAAUAGUUUUCAACACUUUGUAGGAGAACAGAUAUAUAGACAUACAGAUAUAUUGACCUGCUCCAUCCGGGAAACAUGCUAAACGUAAUGUUGCCGUUUUAACGACAAACGAUUUUAAAGAUUGAUACUAUGCAUAUGCAAUAGUAAUGUAAGACAUUUAUUCAAUGUAAAUUCAAAUCCUUUUCAAGAUUGUAAUACCUCACCACAAUAAUGAGGGUUUAUUUUAUUAUUAUUAUUAUUAUUAUUAUUAUUAUUAUUAUUAUUAUAUAUUACUUGUCUGUGUGCCAAUUUAUUUUAAUGCCCAACUGAAAUUCGGCCUUUAUUUUUUUUCUAUAUAUUUCCUCCUUGAGUUUGCUUAGACAAGUUAAUUCAGACUAAUUCAAAUGGUUAUAUAUGACAGGAGAAAUGUAAGGUUAAAUGGGUCAUUAUUGUUACAUUUGCAUAACGGUGUCAUUACGUCGGCCACUGUUCAGCUUGCUGCCCUGUAAUUAAAACAUUAAUCCCAGCGGUGCUGAUGCCAACUUUGAGCCGUUGUCAUUUCCAUGCUGCUUUUCGAAGCCUUCAGCACACCUUUUUCUUAAAAAUGGAUACUUUAGCAAUGAAGCUAACGUGUAGCACGCUUCUUUUUUAAUUUGCAACAGACCCAUAUUGUGUGUGCACUGACAAAGUUUUUUGUAAAAAAAAAAAAAGCAGUAUUGCAUGAUUACAUUAACGCAUGCAGUUAACUAUGCAAGUGACUGUUGCUAAACAAAAGUCUGGUUAUCGGUGUCUGCAUUUUUUAUAUAUAUAUAUAUAAAAAGGAAAACGCAUGACUUGUUUCCUUUCUAUGGCUUUUUUUGCACACUCGUCGAACUUUUCGUUUCUUAAAUAUUGUAAUACGAGAGCAUAAAUUAUUAGCUUUACUAUAUGUAUUCCGAACUUGCAAUCGGCAUAGUAUUUUCACGCUAUCUUUGUACUAUUAUUUGAAUUCAUAAGCUUUUGUUACCAAUACGACCUCGGUUUCUUUUCAUUUUGAUAUUUUUCACAUUCCGCUGGCGUGAUGUGGUCUGCUUUCACGUGUCGUGUGUGUAUAUAGGGAGUAUCUUAUAUCAACUAUAUACCUUGAUCCAUCAGCGUUCAUUCAGUGCACACAAUUCCUGCAUCGCUUGCAAUGCUGAUACACAAACAACACUACAUUCACUUUGUCUUUCAUUCCUCGUCUUAAGUUGUCAAGUUCUCGGACCAUGAAUUCAGAGAAGUGCUAUUACCCUCUGUAAAUCUUAUCGCAUAACGGGAUGUUUUCAAAGGCUCAAGUGCUAAUAUGACAUGGUCCUACCAAGCGUUUGGAUGGGACUUUUAUCAAUAUAAUAAAUGAAGCUGUAUCAGUCUUAUGAUAUGAAAUGCGUGCUCUUGGUUUACACACUGGACUUGAACGAUUUCUCUCAGCCCAGGGCAGUUUUCAUGUUUUGUUCACAGAUAUAUUGGUAAGAUUAUAACUGGGCUGUUAUUUUUAUUAUACUGACGUCAAUCCAGGUUGACCAAAAAGAGGAACAUAAUAAUAUUGGUUGGAAGAAGCAAAAUCCAUGUAAAUGUUUAGUUGCAUGAGACUGCGUCAAAUGCUUUUUUGUUAAUUUAUUUGUACGUUUUUUUGUUAUAUGUAUGCACUUCCUUAUUUUUUAUUUUAUUUUUAUGUUUUACUAUUCUUUUAAAGAAUGCGUUUCUUUGAAGGGUCAUUUGUAUUCAUAACAUUGUCUCCCCAAUGUAUGUUGGCGGUUGAAUUAUGAUUAAAAAAUAGACCUGCAUUAAAGGUCUAACCUCAAA